UUAAAGUGCGGUCAUUGGGUUCUCUUCGUGUGAUCGUUUAGCCUGGGAUUGUCUGUGUUUAGCAAUGAAUGCUAAUGGGUGGUUUGAUGCAGUGAAUCCAGGGUAUCCUUAUGUCAAUCCUGGGGACAUGGAUAGCAAUUUUUACUACGGAGAUCCGAAAAUUGGGGAAUCUUCUGCUCAAACAGUUCCAAGCUUUGAAGUGAAUGAAUACGGUGUACCCAGAUAUGGGGGACAGUACAAUCCCGGGCAGCAGGGCGGGGAAUUUUAUACUCAAGGAAAUUUCUACCAUCCAGUAGACAGUCCUCCUGUAUCUUAUGCUCCCUGUCAGGGUCCAAGGCCGUGGAAUUUUGCGUAUUGCUAUGGUUUCUACGGAGAAGCACCUUGUCCGUUUGCCAAUAUGAUCGAUAUGGAAGAUUUUAUGAACAAUGAGAAACGCAAAGAGAAGUCACGGGAUGCAGCUCGUACUCGCCGGUCGAGAGAGACAGAAAUCUUCUCAGAAUUGGCGCAAUCUCUUCCACUGCGUCGGGAAGAAGUUGAUCAGCUCGAUAAGGCGUCAAUUAUGCGACUCUCAAUUGCAUUCCUCAAAGUGCGAAAUAUGCUGGAGCUAUUUCCAAAAGCUGCGGAAAUGCAUGAAAAUGAUGCUGUUGAUGACAAUGAAAACGACGUGAAAGGUGCAGUGAUUAUGCCUAAUUACUUUGAAGCAGAAAAAAUGAUUCUGGGAGCAUUAGAUGGCUUUCUUCUUGCGCUCUCAACUGAAGGAGACAUUACGUAUGUUUCCCAGAAUAUUGCUGAUAUUCUUGGUCUGCAACAGAAUGACCUUCUGGGGCAACCAAUUUGGGACUAUAGUCACCAAUGUGACCACGAGGAGUUGCGUGAAGUGCUGAAUGUUAAGAAAAACAUUGCUGAUGAUGGAAAUGGCAGCACCGUACCGCGAAGCAUCUUCAUCCGCUUCAAAUGUACACUAACAGGCCGCGGAAGGAGUGUCAACAUCAAAAGUGCUUCAUACAAAGUCAUCCACUUCUCUGGGCACAUUGCCACGAAUGGCUCGUGUGAUGGAAAACGUGAAUUUAUCGGCAUUGGGAGACCAAUGCCACAUCCGUCUAAUAUUGAAAUUCCACUCGGCUCGAGGACAUUCUUGACGAAGCACUCGCUUGAUUUGAAAUUCAGCUACGUUGAUGAAAAGAUGCAAUCACUUCUUGGCUAUCAAUCGCAACAAUUGCUGGGUAAAUCCCUUUUUGAGCUACAUCACGGUGCAGAUUCGGACAAUCUCAUGGGAAUGUUUAAAAGCUUGCUCAGCAAGGGACAAAUAGAAACUUGUGGGUAUCGCUUUCUAGCCAGGACGGGAGGAUACGCCUGGGUGGUGACUCAAGCAACGAUUGUCUACGAUAAGCAGAAGCCACAGAGUGUCGUCUGCGUCAACUAUGUGAUCAGUGGUGUCGAACAUGAAAAUGAGGUAUUCUCAUGUGCUCAACUGGAAGCGAAACAAUCAGCGGAUCAGGAGGUACGGUGUUGUGAAGGUGUAAAGAAGUUGGAUGUGAGACAAGAGAAAUCCACUGAGAAAAUUGUGCCGCAGUUACGUAAAGAAGUGCACACAUAUCGGGCACCGAAGCCAAAGGAAGUGAAAGAGGAGCAAAAGCGAACUUAUUCAGUUACAAAGGACCUCUUCAUACCACUCAGUGCCAUCUCACCGCGUCCAGAGUCGGCAACGCAGAAGAUCUUCGUCCCACGUACGGAAGACAUGAAUAAGGGAUACUUGAUGUUCUCCGAAGAGGAACCUGGGCUCACAAUGCUAAAAGAGGAACCCGACGAUUUGACCCAUCUGGCCCCAACGGCUGGAGAUGCAUGUAUUCCACUGGAGGAGUCCACACCAUUUUUCACAUCAUGUGACGUCUUUGACGACUUAAUCGACGACUAUUGUUCAUUCCUACCGGAUGACAUAAACUCCCCAUUGGAUUCGCAAUGUAGUGGCCAGAAUAAGCCAAAUACGGAUCCCUUUAUUAAUUACCGCGAUGAGUCCAGCGAAACAAGUGGAUCUCCGCAUUUACUCUCCCCCGGGGGUGUUUCCAAGAGUCCCGAAGCGAGUAGUUUGCCGUCGCUCUGUAGCCCAAAUGGAUCGCUGCAGGAUGACGAAUUGGCAUUUAUGACUAUGAGUAUGGAUGAUGAUAUUGAUCUAUCCAUGAGGGCACCCUAUAUUUCAAUGAGUGAAGCCGAUGAUUUACCCCUCCUCAUAUCGGAGGACCUCAUGUGGGGUGCAUUUCCAGAAGGGUUGAGUCUACACAAAGAUAUCAAAGGAAUGGCCAAGGAGGCAGCAAAUGCCACGAAUUACCAAACCCCACAGAUAAAUCACAUGCAGCAGCAGCAAAAAAUGCGCUGCUGUGACAAUCAAACACUGUCGCAGGAUCGUCAAAUUAUUGGGAGUUGUCCCAAUGCCAGAGGAUCCGAACAUACGGAUAGAGGAGGAGGAGGUGAUGGGUGUACCAUUGCCACUGAUAUUAUUAAUUCAUGUCCCGACGUUUUCAGCAAGAAUAAUUCAGAUCUUCAAUCAUGGCCACUAAAUGAAUUCCUUUCGUACACCACCGCAACAAAUACAAUUUCCCCAAAGUCUAUAAAUUCCGUAGGCAACGCAAGGGGAAUCCAGCAGCAGCAACAGGAGCAAUUUAAAAUAAAGCUAGAACGUAACAUGAGUAGUACGCACAAGCGCCCAUUGGCGAAUGCAUUGUCCCCGUCUGAGUUCAGCACCGCCAAACGACAGAAAAAUGAAUCAAUUGCAACGACGCCACAGUUGCUGCAGCAACUAAUGGCCCCAACCGCGGUACAACCACCACGAUCGCGUCAGCAGAAAAGCACAUCGAGCUUAAGGACGAACGAGGAGGGACAAUGCAGAACAAGGGACUCAAGUGGCGAAGAGAGUCGCGAGAGUAGUAGCUCGUGGAAGAGUAGUUCAAGUGGGCAGCAAUCGUCGCCGCAAUCUUCCAAUUCAGUUCUCAUGAAUCUUCUGGUCAGUGGAUGUGAUCCAUCACUGAGCGCUCGGUGUCAGAUGGAAGUGGAUGUUGAGAUGGAUUCAGGAGUCUCUACAGGGUGUGCCAUGGUCUCACCGAAUCCCAUGAGGCAUGUGAUGACAAAUGUUUCGAAUCCCAUGAUUGGAGGUGGUUUUGGUGCAGCAAAGUGCCCAAAUGAGAGGCCCGUUUACAUGGACGAGGAUGUUAUGUCAAUAGAAAGUCUCAUGACCCCAGCAGAUAUGGAGAUGUGGCGUUCACUUCAGGCUACGGUGCAGGAGAAGAAGAAUAAUGCCGUGAGGAAGAAUUCCUUCUCAACACUCAUCGAUUCGGACAAUGUGGCCAUUCCGUCGCUUCUGCUGGAGCUCAGCGAUCAGGAUUACGAGCUCAAUGCCCCCAUUAGUGAAUUCAUGCUUCAAGGUGCUGAUCUCAUCAAGGCCCUUGAUGAUCCCAACAGUCAGAUGACUUAAAGGGGAUCAUCAUACCUCCCCGCAAGCUAAAUAAAAGGCACUCCCCGCAUUCCCAACGGAGCUCCCGCGGGCACAGGGGCGUACAGCGAUCUGCACACACAACACACACACACACACACUGUACAAAUAAAUUCAUAAAUAACAAGAAAAAAAAUAUCAAGAAAUGCAUUUAAGCAAAUUAAGGGAUCAUCGGGCUCAUAAUGAAUUUCCACGCGGUGUGCGAAACACGAAACUCUUUUUCUAAGCUCUAACAAUUGUAUUUAAGAAAACAAAAAAAAAUGAAGAACCGAAAGUAGAAGAACAUUUUAGCAUAAAACAUUGGUGUUGGAUAAACUAUAAUCGUGUUUUAACUUUCUUUCCAAGACGAAAAUCAUUCAAAAAAAACCUUUUUUUUCUUUUUCAAUAGAAUGGAAGAUCAUUCUUUUUUGUACAUCAUGCAAAUUUUGUAAUUUUCUUUCAUGAGGAGAACCUUUUUCUUCUUUUCUGUAGUGAUAAAUGGUUUACAAGUUUUUUUUAUUAGGAUAUAGACGACGAUUUUUAUUAAUAAAAUAAAAUAUAAGAAAACAUUAUAUAACAAAAAUAUAUUGAAUAAAGAAAAAAAAUUGGA